CGUCUAUGAACAUAAUUUGACGUUGACAGUUGUCAAAAAGACCGAUAAAAAUAUGCAGAUUUGAAGGAGAAAAAAGAGUUUCAAGUUAUUUUAACUAUUUAUACGUAUUCAAAAAUGAAACUGAAGAUAAUUUUCGCUUUUUUUGGUGCUGCAUGCAUUCUAAGUAUUUUCGCGUUGCUAUUGUUGUCCAAAAAAUUAUCUGUUGCUGAUGAAUACAUGGCUGAACAAGAUUUUAAGGCGAACGAAUGGGUCCGAAUAAACGACCACCAAGAAAUUAAUAUUGCAACUCCAAUUCGUCCAAAACCGCCAAUUCCACGGAAAAAACAUCAUAACUCAUCUAUAUCACACAUGAUUUACCCAUUAACAUGUCCAAUAUUAGUUGAUUACAUUCCUCAAUCAACAAUUCAAAUGUUGGAUGUUUAUAAUGAUUUAAAAUUUGACAAUCCUGAUGGAGGUGUAUGGAAACAAGGUUGGAAAAUUGAAGUUGAUGAUAAAAUGUGGAAUGCUCAUCAUAAAUUAAAAGUGUUUGUCGUUCCACAUUCGCAUAAUGAUCCUGGCUGGGUAAAAACGUUUGAUGAGUAUUAUGAAACGGAAACAAAGCACAUUUUGGAUAAUAUGGUUGAUAAGUUACAAGAGGAUUCUAGGAGGAAAUUUAUUUGGGCAGAAAUAUCAUUUUUUGCAAUGUGGUGGAGUGAAUUGGACCAAGAAUCAAGAAAGAUUGUGAAAAAUUUAUUACAUAAAGGACAAUUAGAAAUUGUAACAGGAGGAUGGGUGAUGAAUGAUGAAGCAAAUUCCCAUUGGAUAGCAACAUUACACCAAUUAACAGAGGGUCAUUUGUGGUUAAAAAAGAAUUUAAAUUACACCCCCUUAAAUGGUUGGGCAAUUGAUCCCUUUGGGAUGAGUCCAACACAAGCUGUCUUUUUAAAAGAAAUGGGGUUAAAAAAUAUGUUAAUCCAACGAGUACAUUAUUCAAUUAAAAAAGAAUUAUCAAGUAAAAAACAACUAGAAUUUUUUUGGAGGCAAUUAUGGGAUGGAAAUGGUGUUACAGAUAUGUUCACUCAUAUGAUGCCAUUUUAUUCUUACGAUAUCCCACACACAUGUGGCCCAGAUCCAAAAAUAUGUUGUCAAUUUGAUUUCAAACGUUUACCUGGAUUUGGGUUACAUUGUCCGUGGAAAGUACCCCCAGAAGAAAUUAAUGAUCGAAAUGUUGAGGAAAAAGCAAUUAAGUUAUUAGAUCAAUAUCGAAAAAAAUCGACUUUGUAUAAAACAAACGUUUUAUUAAUACCUUUAGGUGAUGAUUUUCGAUACACACAAAGAAAUGAGUGGGAUGUUCAAUUUAAAAAUUAUCAACACCUUUUUGAUUAUAUUAAUUCUAAAGUUCAUUUAAAUGCUCACGUAAAAUUCGGAACUUUAAAUGAUUAUUUUAAUGGUUUACAUGAAGAGAAUGAUGAUUCAAUUUUUCCAAGUUUAUCUGGCGACUUUUUCACUUACGCAGAUCGUGAUGAUCAUUAUUGGAGUGGAUAUUAUACAUCGAGGCCACUUUAUAAACGUUUAGAUCGAGUUUUAAUAGGUUAUAUUAAAGCAGCAGAAACUUUAUCUUUCAUUGCGAUGUUAAAAAAUAAAUUGAUUAACUAUGAUUUUGUUGAAAACUAUUUAACGAAUUCUCGGCAAUCUCUAGGAUUAUUUCAACAUCACGAUGGCAUAACUGGAACCGCGAAAGAUUACGUAAUGGAAGAUUAUGGAAUAAGAAUGCUGGAGGCGAUUCAAAAUUGUCAAAUGAUUUUACAAAUUUGCACAAAAAUUUUGUUAUCCAAAGAAAAUAUUGACAAUUUAAAUACUCAAUUAACUUAUUUUAAUAUUGAUGAUAUAAGAACAUCUCUUGAAAAUCUUCCUGAACAAUAUACAAUUACAAUAGGAAAAGAAUUAAGAACAAAAAGGAUUGUUUUAUAUAACUCAUUAACUUUUUCAAGAAAAGAAAUUGUUACAUUUAUCGUUUCAACGCCAUAUAUUCAAUUAACUAAUCAUAGAAAUGAAAUCGUCGAAUGUCAAAUUUCACCAAUUUUUGAAUAUUCAUCAACGAUUUCAACAACAAAAUAUUUAAUAUCAUUUAGCGUCGAAAUACCGCCUAUAUCACUUCUUGGCUACACCAUAACCGUAGUUGAUCAAAUUAAUGUUCCCCCAGAAACAAAUUUUGCUAAAAUCACUUUAUUAAAUUCAAAUCUUGAUGAUGACGAAGAAAAUAACAUCUUUGGAAAAAUUGAGUCGAUAAAAAAUUCAAGAGAAUUUACGAUUAAAAAUGAACAAAUUUUAGCAAGUUUUAACAAUUUAGGUUUAUUAAAAGCGAUUAAAGUUAAAGAAAAAACGUAUCCCGUUCAUUUGGAUUUCGCAUCAUAUGGGGCGAUUAAAAGACCAGAAAGGAGUGGAGCAUACUUAUUUUUACCUGAUAAGGAAGCAGUUCCUAUAAAAGUUGAGGCAACGUUAAUAAGAAUUGUUGAAGGUCCUAUUUUGUCUUCAGUGAGAGUUCAAGUUCCGUUUGUUGAUCAUGCUGUGUACUUGUUUAAUUCUGAAGGUGCUGAUGGUAUUGGUUUAGAAAUCCACAACACUGUUAACAUAAAAUCAACGAACAAUUUCGAGUUGGCAAUGAGAUUAUCAACAAACAUUAAAAACGGGGAUGAUUUCUUUACUGAUCUUAACGGACAUGAAAUUAUUAGAAGAAAACGUUUUAAAAAGCUCCCACUUCAAGCGAAUUAUUACCCAGUUCCAACAACAUUAUUUAUAGAAGAUAAAUAUUCAAGGUUAACUCUUUUAUCAUCAACCCCACUUGGUGGAUCAUCUCUUAAAGAAGGAAUGAUUGAAGUGAUGUUGGAUAGGAGAUUAAAUCAAGAUGAUAAUUUAGGUCUUGGGCAAGGUGUUUUAGAUAAUCGAGUGAUUCGACAAACGUUUCGAAUCGUUUUAGAGCCAAUUAAUAAUCCGAAUUGUCAAACGACUAUUGAUGGACAUCCAUCAGGUUUUCGUACUUUAGCUUCUUACGUUGCUCUAGAAACCUUAUUAAAUCCUUUAAUUCGAAUGUUAAAAUUUGAUGAUAUUGAUGAUUUGGAGUCAAAUCAACAUUUUAGUUAUAUCCCAGAAAAUCAAAAUGACAUUUUAAAUCAAUUUGUUGGGUUUGGUGUUGAUAUUUCCGUUCCAAUUGUUCGGACGGGAUUAAAAGAUGUUGGAUAUGUUGACUUGGUCGGUUUGGUUUUACACAGAACGAUGCUUGAUUUGUGUUAUAGUAAUGGGGUUCAAUUAGAACGUUUUCCUUUAAGUAAUGGUACAAUUCGAUUACAAAAUUUGUUCCCAAUCGAUGAAUACAAACAAAUUGAAAAAACAACUUUGUCGUUUAUGAAAAGAUUAGGUGAAUUUAGAAAAAGUGGUGAGAUUGAAUUGUGUCCGAUGGAAACGCAAGCGUUUUUAUUGGAAAGUUGAGUAAAGUAUGGGUGAUAUUUGAAUUUUUUUUAUUGUUAAAUAAAAAAAAUUGAUGUAAAUAGCUAAAUUUUAUAAUUUUUUGUUACUAUUAUCUUUACGAGCGGCUAUGUGCAUUAAAUAUAAGUAGGUUUUUAAAAUAAUAUUCCUAAGCUUAGAAUCACAGACUGGUUUUUAGCAAAAAUUAAUAAAAUUAAAUUUAUCAAAUA